AUGUCAACCUGCGAGCCUCUCCAGGGCAACUCCGAUUUCUACGGCCUUGGGAUCCGGUUGGGUAUCUACCUUCAAUGGGCUUCGGCUUGGGUCAGCCUGCUGCUGAAUCCGGAGUCCGCGCAAGGCGUACUGGACGCGAACUCGGUGUCGUUGUUCGCCGUGGUCAUCGCCACCAUCGUCGCCGCCCGCCAGAAUGCACCCGCCAUUGAGUUGUACAUCAUGUUGCAAAUUCUCGUGGGCUUUCCCGUCACAACCCUGAGCACGUUUGGCAUCCGCAUCUGGUUGACGAACCCCGCAAGGCUGGAAGAGCUGUUACGAAAAAUAGUCCAGGCGAAGCAGGCAAUCCGCCAGAGCGCAGGGGAGGAGGUGAGGCAGACACACGAUGAGCUUGGACCGGACGCUGGUGAACACUCGCCUGCCGCUGCCGACGGUGUUAUUCCCGGCCAGGUUUCAAUUUUCCGCACCUUGCCGGUUUUUCCCUUCCACACGGUUCGGUUCUUGUCCCCGCUCAAGUUUCCGGGGCUCUCGUGGUCGGGCGUGACCUGGAGGGUGAUAACAGUGGCUAUGGUCGUGGGAUACAGCGUCGCCUACUGGUUUGACCCGAACGGCCACGGCGCGCACGAGCCGCCCAGUCCAGGUUGUGAGCAGGCCCUUGUUUUCAUGUUCUCGAGACAACUACUGGAAGGGCCCAUAGUCACUCUCGGGCGCAUGGCGGCGGUCUUAAUGGCUGCUAUUAUCGUCAUUCCGACUGUGAUUCUGAUAGUGCUUACCAUCCGCCUCACUGAGGACACCGUGUUGCGUCUCUACCGCGACCUUUUGUUUUCCCUCACCUCAUCGGCGCCUCAGACUUUCAACGACAGCUUGCGUCGGAUCAACCGUGUUCUCGAGAACAAGUCGCUGUCGCUGGGGAUUCCACGAGAGACCAUGGCUGCGCCCUUGAUGACCGCGAAAUCACUUUUAGAUUUGAUGGAGUUUAUGUCGGCGCCUAACGGUGAUAAGAUCCGAUUCUCGGACGUUCUCAAGGUUGCGGUGUCGCUGGGUAUGGGCAGACCCCCCAAGCGUGACAGGCAGCAAGACGGCAGCGAGCACCACCCGGAUCUAAGCAGGGCGAGGAGGAUGCUGACGGGAUGGAACUGCGAAACGCCGAAACAGCGGCGUCUGGGCCGAAUCUGCAUCGUAUGGAAUGUCUUGAACGUGCUCAGCAUCGUGUGGUUUAUCACGAGCAUAGAGACGACCAUCCUCUGGAACAACAUCCAGGGGGUGCACACCAUCGAUUCCACCGGCCAGCUGAUCCCCUUUAUCAUUGGUGUCGUGAGUGCCUCUCAGGUCCUCAAGAGAAUUGCCCUUCUGGCCUUGGCAAGGAAAUAUCCGGAUUGGGCCGAGACACAACUGGAGAUCCACGAGGACGGGAACACCUUUGCCUUCUUUCGGCUUGUGAAGCCCCCCGAGGCAGUACAGACUCGGGAAACCCAGGAGGGGCCCAUCGGAGAGGAGACUAAGAGGAGUACCACCACCGUGUAA